AAUUAAAGUUAUUUGCUUUAGUUUUUUUUCAAAACGCGAAGGUUUUCAAGCUAUUUUCAAGAAGAUAUGGCACAAUACAACGACCUACGAACAUUUGGACCUUCAAACAGCCGAAAUGCCUUGCUCGCAGACGACGUCAUGUUUAACCAGAGGACGAGAGGACCCUAUGCCCGAGGAAACGUCCCGCAAAGCUUGUUCGAAGACGAUGAAACGCAAGACCCCAAUGAGGGUACCAAUGACAUCUUGUUAAGAGAGCUCCGGGAACUGAAAGACCUUGUGAAGGAUGUGCAAAAGCGUCAGGGCUCUAUAGAGAAGACCAUGAAACACUUGGCUUCCAAACUUGGUGCUGAGCAAUUUGACCUGGCCAAGUCAAGUCAUGCAGCAAAUGUCACGAAAAUAUUAGCAAAAGCCUAUAUACAACUUGGGCGGUUUUCAAAGAUAAAUGAAAGCAAGACUGAGCAAUUGCACAUGGAGUUCCAGGACUCACCAUAUGGUCUUACAGUUGCUGAAGCGAUGACCAAAGUGGAUGUCUUCGAAAAGGCAAAAUUCACCUAUGGAGAGCAGAAGAGAGAAGAAGGUGAUGAAAAUUUGAAUUAA